AUAAAUCAAAUACAUUCUACAAUUGUUUCAUAAUAAUAAUCAGCAGUAUGAGCUCAUGUGAAAAAAAAAAUCCAAAAUUAACUUCUUAAAAAGGCACCGAGGAGUCCUGGGCCAGCAAACACAAAAAAACAAGACCACGAUUCAAUUUGAAUCCAGCCCAUUUAGCUAAAAGGCCGAGAAAGGUAGGAAUCUAGCCUAGUUAGGGUAUAUGGUAUUGGGGAUUUUUUAACAGUGUUAUAUAUAAUAAUAAUUAUCAUGUUCGUAUUACUCCAAAACCCUAGUCCAGCCAAGCCACAGCUCGAUCACCAGGUAUUUCCGCCGGCAAAGCUCACUUUCUCUUCCGCCUCUCUUAUGGCUGGCUGAGUGAAAUUUGUUUUUUGUGUGUGUUUUGUUCCGGUCAUAGAGAGGAACUCUUACCAUGUUUCUAUAAGUUUUCCACGGAUACGCAUAUUCGAUUACGCACAGGAAAGAAGAAGAAGGAAGAAAGAAGAAAAAAUCGGUGGGCAGAAAGCAGAGACAUGGCAGCGGCCACAGAUGAUAAUGCUAACUCGUCAAGCAGUAGCUUCAGCGUGAAGCUAAUAAUCGACAAAAAGGAAAAGAGGGUUCUGUGCGCGGAAGCAGGAAAAGUAUUUGUGGAUUUCCUGUUCAAUUUCCUGGCAAUGCCAGUUGGUGCCAUUGCCAGGCUCGCUGCAACAGAUGAUCAUGGUAAAGAAGGCACGUGCAGCAGUUUGCCGACGACCACAAUAUUGCCAGGCUGCAUCGAGAAACUCUACGACAGCGCUCGUAAUUUGGACCUAUCUUUCUUCAAGAAUGCUAACAGCAAGGACUACCUGGUCGCCAAGCUCCACCCAGAAACCAAGGUCACAAAGAUGCCUUUGCUCCCGAUUCCCCCGAAGCGAUCUUUCCAAAGGACGUUAUACAAGUCCUAUUGUAACUAUAACACGUCUCUUACCCCUGGCGGUCGAUCGUACCUGUAUUUUACGGACACGGAGGAACGUUGUCGUGAAGCCGACUUCGUGAAGGACCUAGUGACCUACAUGGUGAUGGAUGAUCUCACGGUUUUGCCCUUAGAAUCCACCAUGUCUACUGCUAUCUCCCUUCUCAACAAGUUCAAUAUCAAGGAUUUGGGGGUCAUCGAGGAAAGAGUGGUGCAGGUCGGCAUCAGCGAGGGACUGGAGCUGUUGAGGGCGUUUAUGCGCACCAAAUCGGUUCUUACCAGUGUGUUUUUCGAGAAGAAGGAGAAAAUCGUCAAGGAGGAAUUACAACUAUUUUUAUGAAUAUAAUGGCAGCGCUAGCUAGCUCUUGUUAAUGUGACAGUAGAUGGGUCGUCGAGCAGGAAUCAGAUUGAAUUGAAUGCUGCCCACAAGCUGCGCUUUAUGAUUUGCCUCCAUUGCUUCUUUAUUUCUUUGUGAUUUGUAUUUUUUUUAAUUGAGUGGAACGUUAAUCUUUCGCCUUCAUUUUAUAAUCGUUGUUUAGCAAAAUGUAUUCAGUCUUGAACAGAUAAUGAUCUCAGGCUGAUUCAAGUUGGAGGAGAAAGAGGAAGUUUUAUUCUACAAAGGCAAGGAAUUGGUUGAGUUCGAAUCAACCUAGAAGACCAUUUUCGAAGGGCUCAAAGAUACUAUGAAGCCUGUUUUCCUAGGCAGACUUAUUUGUGUGUUUAUGUCAGUUUCUUGGCUUGCAAGUUACCUUGUUUUACACGAAUUAUUUAGCCUUUUUCUGUUCUAACUAGUUUCCUUGUUUAUGUAGGGUUGUAUUAGGAUUAUUUGGCUAUAAAAAGCCUUUCUUUUCAUUGUAAAAUAAAAACUAGGACUUUGA